UAACUUGAGGUUUCUGAACUUGUAGUACAUUCAGCAGUCACUUGGAAUAUAAAUUAUCUCAAGGAGAGGUUGACAACUUAUUCAAGAGGAAAUGGAAUUACAAAUGGGAAGUUCCUGCUCUUCGUGCACCCAAUUGCAAGUGGAGAGGAACUGGAGACUGUUUUUUGAAGGACAUUGACAUGAAUGAAAUGUGUGGCCUCAAGCCAAGAUUGUAUAAGCAUUGGGUAGGUGUCUACCAAGGAUCUGGCGGCACUGAUUUUCAAUCAUCUGAGCAGAGAUUCUUUUUCUCCAUCUGCAACAGCUAUCGGGAUGUAUUACACCAUAACAAGAAGCCUUUUUAUCUUAAAGGUCAAGAGGACUCGAGUAUCCUGGAUGCUUAUGUUUUGCACACUUUAAAUCAUGUUUUGAGAACAAGGAUUUUGAUCAGUAAAAAUGAUGCAAAAGUGGCUGAUGCUCAAGGACAAGGGGGCAUUCUCAAUGGUGAUGGUUUCCUGGACCAUGGGUUUACUCGUCCUAAGGUCUUGAUCCUUUUGCCUUUAGCAAGCAUUGCAUUUUGGGUAGUAAAGAGGUUGAUCCAGUUAACCCCUUCAAAGCAUAAGGUUAAUAUUGAACACAUGGAUCGCUUUACUGAGGAGUUUGGGAGUGGAGGAGUUGAAAGUGAGGAGGAGGAUGAGGAUGUUGAGAACUCAAAAAGAAAGAAGUCCUCUAAACCUUCUGACUUUCAGUCAUUGUUUGGUGGGAAUAACAAUGAUCAUUUCAUGAUAGGCAUCAAGUAUAUGGGGUAAA